AUGAUUUACUUGAAGACUGUACUUAACGUGAUCGAUAACUCCGGAGCUCAGCUCGCAGAAUGUAUUAAGGUCUUACGUCAUAACCCUAAAAACUUUGCCAAGGUUGGUGAUGAAAUCACAGUUGUUAUUCAAAAGGCUAGACCUAUGAAUGCCGAUAUUACAGGUGCAUCAGCCAAUAAUAGAGUCAAGAGAAGAGAUAUAUGCCGUGCUAUUGUGGUGAGAACAAAGUCUCCGUUCAGAAGACCCGAUGGUUCUGUUGUUAGAUUCGAUGACAAUGCUUGUGUGUUGAUCAACAAAAAUGGUGAUCCACUCGGAACCAGAGUUUCCUCUGUGGUGGCUAAAGAACUUAAAGACUUGAAGUAUAGCAAAAUUGCUACUUUAGCUCCAAAGACCUUUUAG